AUGACGAUCCCGCGGCGACGAAGCUUUGGGACUGGCUGGUACUACCGGAAUCCGUCCUACUCAUUGUAUCCGAACAAAACGAAACAAGCGAAAGGGAAACGAACGAAGCACUACGGUUCGGCGACGACGGCUGCGGCCGAUAGCGAAAUGGGGGGUACGGAGAGGAGUGAUAGUGUCACGUCGGAUACACAAGCGAUAAGAGCCUCCCGUUUGGCGGUUCUCUUCGCCGUGCUUUUCCUGAUCACUCUUCUCGUUGCCAUCUCUUCCGUUUUUGGACCGGUUCGAGAAUGUCCAAAGGCCUCUCCGCCACUCCCGACACCCACUAUUCCUCCUCGUUUCAAUGCCGGUGAUGAGCAUCUUUGUAUGAAUGAGGAAUGUAUUCGAUUAGCCGCCAACUACCUCAACAAUAUGAACACUGAGAUUUCUCCAUGCACCGAUUUUUACGAGUUCGCUUGUGGACAAUAUGCAAGCGCACGGGUAAUUCCGGAACAUGAGCGAAAAGUGACAGUGUUAACGGAGAUGAAAAGCCGAUUGGAUCGACAUUUGAAAGAUAUUCUUGAGAAAAGCGCUCGCGAGAAUGCAUCGGCGGCAAUGCGAUUAGCGCAGAUUUAUUAUGAUUCGUGUAUGGAUGAGGAGACACAAGAUGAACAGGAUCUCCUUCCACUUUCCGAGAUUCUCUCCAAGUUAGGCGGAUGGCAAUUGUUGACGAAUGCGCGCUUUGAGCAGUUGAAUUUUCACUGGGAAACGCUGGCGGGUCAAACUGCUUUGUAUGGAGUGGGAAAUCUCGUGCGUUUCUUCGUGCACAACUCAUUCAGUGACAGCAAUCAACAUAUGCUCAUGUUCAGCCCACCAAAGCUUCUCCUCGAGAAGAAGAAAUUCUAUAAAGAGCCGCUGGAGACGAAUAAAUACCUCCAAUUCUAUAAACAGUAUAUGUUAGACUUGAUGGAAUUGCUGGGUGCUGAAGUGGAAGCGAUUGAGCCACAUGUCAAUGAUAUUCUCUACUUCGAGACGCAGAUCGCAAAUCUUACCCGAUCGGAGUCCAUUCGCAAUCACUCAGCAAUCAAUAACGUGAUGACUCUGGGCGAUUUUCGAGCACGUUACGAAAAAAUCAACUGGGAUCUCCUCUUCAACGAUGACAUUCGCAGUUACUUGGCUCCGAUCAAUGAUGCGAUGCUUGUCAACGUGCUCGACAUUGGCUAUUUUGACCGUCUUGCGCAACUCAUCGGGGAAACGAGAAUUCAAAUUAUCUCUGAUUAUAUGAUGUGGAAAGUCGUCUCGACUUUUGACUCGUUUUUACCAAGAAAAUACCGAGAGCCAUUUGAUCGGUUUAAGGUUCGAGUCAUGGGUUCUUCAGAGGUUCCCCGAUGGGAAGCUUGUGUACAUCAAACGAGAGAGAAACUCGGUGUCCCCCUGUCAACCGCCUAUGCCCAUAAACAUUUUGAUCUCGAUCAUUCGUUAACAGCGGAAGAACUCAUCGCUGAUCUGAAGGAAUCGAUGCGGCAAACGCUUUUGAAUACGGAUUGGAUGGAUGAUGAAACGAGAAAUGCCGCGUUGCAUAAAUUGCAAAAAAUGGGACACAAAAUUGGUUAUCCAAAAAUGUUAUUGAACGAGACGGCUGUGUUGAUGCCGUUUGCGGGGAUUCGCCUAUCGGCUGAUCGAUAUUUCGAGAAUGCGGUUGCUUUGAAACGAGUUGAAGUCAGAGAAAUCCUCCGCCGUCUCCAUAAACCCUCCGAUAAAAGCGAGUGGGUUUCACCGGUAAUCGCCGUCGAUGCAUACCAUUAUUUCAAUGGAAAUGAAAUCAUUUUCCCAGCCGGAAUCCUGCAGUUUCCGAUGUUUGUCCCGCUUGCUCCAACAUAUAUCAACUAUGGGGCGAUUGGGAUGGGAAUUGGACACGAAAUUACACAUGGCUAUGAUGAUCUUGGCGCUCAAUACGAUGAAGAAGGGAAUUUACGCCGGUGGUGGUUGCCUGAAACGAUGCGUGUUUUUCAAUCAAAGAAACAAUGCUUUGUGCAACAAUAUAACAACAAAUUUGAGCCAACAACGGAAAGAAAACUGGAUGGUCGCUUGACAAUUGGAGAGAAUAUUGCGGACAAUGGAGGAUUGAGAGUCGCGCAUAGGGCCUAUGAAUUGCAUCAACAACGUGUUUCCGAUCAUCGCCAAUUGCCGGGAUUACAGAAUUUCACGAGUUCGCAAAUGUUUUUCCUCGCUUUCGCCAAUACAUGGUGUGAAGCCGUGAAGCCAUCAGCCAUCGAUUACAUUAUGGAGACCGAUGUGCAUUCACUCGGAAUGUUUAGAGUGAACGUGCCACUUCAAAAUUUCCCGGCCUUCUCGCAAGCGUUCAAUUGUCCGAUUGGCAGUCCGAUGAAUCCCUUCGAGAAAUGUCGAGUCUGG